AUGCGCCUCCGACCACUCCUCUCCGCCCUCCUGCUGCCAUCCAUCGUAUCGGCAUGGCAGUGCGAGGAUGUGAGCGCCGGAAAGGCGCAGUACGACCUGGGCCGGCUCUCUGGCCAGCGGCACACCAGUCAGACGACCGAGACCCCGCCCACGACGGUGGAGGCGCGGGUCAAGAUGAACCUGUGUGGCAAGGUCGACCAUGAGGGGAAUGACGAGGACCAGUGCCCAGAUGGCACCCAUAUCUGUCUCCAGCUAGUCAACCACAAAGAGUCGGCGAGCGAGAAGGAACGCGUGACGGCCGUCAUUCCUCUGUGGAAGGAAGACACGCCCGACCAGGACAUUCGUAUCUCGACUCUGGGGCAAGGUCUUCGCCUGGACAUCAAGAGCGACGACUAUGCUGGUUCCGCGCAAUCCGUCCACCUCUCCCUCCUCUGCGACACCUCCGCAACUGACCCCAACCCCACGCUCCUCUCGUACACCGGCGGCCGCCUAGAGCUGGAAUGGAAGACGCCCGACGCGUGCGCGCUGUCCGCAAACCCAGGUGGCGGUGGACUCGGUCUCUGGUCCUUCCUCAAGUUCAUGUUCUGGUUUGGAAUCGUCGGGUUGAUCGGCUACCUGAUCCUGGGAUCGCUGUAUAACCAGCAGCAGUACGGCGCGCGCGGGUGGGAUCUCGUUCCCCACAGGGACUUUUGGAGGGAACUGCCCACGCUGGUGGCUGACCUCGGCGGCCACCUGUUCCAGAACGUGCGGACUUCCACAGGCAGGGGUGGAUACAGCUCGCUGGGCUAG